AUGGAGCGGGAUGUGGAGUCGCUGUCCCGCGGAGGCUUCCGUUGCCGCCUGUGUCAUGUGACUGCGGCCAACAAGCCCAGCCUACAAGAUCAUCUGCAGGGGAAGAAGCACCAGCGGCUGGAGAGCUUGCGUGCCAAACGCCAAGACCAGGAGCUGCGCAGUGUCUUUGUCAGUGGCUUCCACAAGGGUACAUCAGCCCCUGAGCUGAGUGAGUACUUUCAGGCCUUUGGGGGCGUGGCCAGUGUGGUGAUGGAUAAAGACAAGGGGGUCUAUGCUAUUGUGGAGUUGCAGGACCAGGAGGUGAUGGAGAAGGUGCUGGCCCAGCCUGAGCAUUGCCUGGGGGGGCAGCGGCUGCGGGUGAAGCCCCGGGAGAAGAAGGAAUUCAAGUACAUGCCUCCCAAGAAGCAGGGAUCUGCACAUCAUGUACAACUGAGUCCUGAAAAGCUGGUCCAGGCACUGUGCCAGGCUGAUGAUGUGGAUGCCCAGAUGUCACAGCUGGUGCAGCUGUUUGAGCUCUCUGAGAGCGAGAGGCGGCUGCGACACCUACUGGUCACCCUGUUCCAGGAGGUUUUCUCAGAGUUCUUCCCUGGGUGCGCCAUCCUCCCCUUUGGCUCAUCGGUGAAUGGAUUUGACAUCCAUGGCUGCGACCUGGAUUUGUUCCUGGACCUGGAGAAAACAAAAACCUUCCAGGCAUCUGCCAAGGGACCCCAGGGGGCACAGGCCGAGGAGGGGGCAGGGCCAGACUCUGACUCAGAGGACUCCAUCCUGAGUGACAUUGAUCUGACAACAGCGACGGUGCCUGAGGUGCUGGAGCUGGUGGCAGCUGUGCUACGGAAGUGCGUACCAGGUGUGCACAGUGUCCAGGCGGUGCACAGUGCCCGCCGCCCUGUCGUCAAGUUCUGCCACAAGGACUCGGGGCUGCUGGGAGACAUCUCCAUCAACAACAGGCUGGCGCUCUGCAAUACGCGCUUCCUACAGCUCUGUACGGAGGCUGAUGAGCGGGUGCGUCCCCUGGUCUACGUGCUGCGCUACUGGGCCAAGCAGCAGGCCCUGGCAGGAAACCCCUUUGGGGGCGGCCCCCUCCUCAACAACUACGCACUGACCCUGCUGGUGCUGUUCUUCCUGCAGACGCGCAGCCCCCCGGCCUUGCCCACACUGGCCCAGCUCAGGGAGCUGACAGGGGAUGGGGAUCAGGCCAUUGUGGACGGCUGGGAUUGCAGCUUCCCCCAGGAUGCGUCGCGGCUGGAGCCCAGUGCCAACAUGGAGAGUCUGUGUUCCCUCCUAGCCGAAUUCUUCCGCGUCUUUGGGGACCAUGACUUUGCUGGCUGCAUGAUCUCGCUGCAGGAGGGCCGGGCGCUGCCCCUGCCCAGCUUCCUGCUCUCAGAGGUGGGUGCUAAAUUCAAGCUGGGUCCUUUCAACGUGCAGGACCCCUUCGAGCUGAGCCACAACGUAGCAGCCAACGUCAAUGAGAAGAUAGCGCAGCGGUUCCAGCACUGCUGCCGGGACGGGGCCAAGUACUGCCGCAGCCUGCAGUACCAGCGCAAAUCCAGCAAGGGCAAGGCUUGGGGGCUGGUGCGGCUCUUCCAGCCAGGGGUGCCGGAGGCUGGGGAGCUGGGCCCUGAUGGGCUUCUCAUCACCAUCCCCUUCACGCUGAUGGCGCUCUCCCCUGGGAGCCGGCAGCAGCUGUGCAAGGCCAGGGACUUCGGGCGCUGCUGGUUUGACAAGGUUUGUGCCGCCAUCACCUUCGUGCUGAAGGAUGUGCUGAAGUGCAGCUGCACGGGGCCUGCAGGGGAGCCCCUGGGGCAGGAGCCCACAGAGCAGAGUGGAGGGGAGCAGCCUAUAGCGGGGUCCAAGCACCCCCGGUCUGAGGAGAGAGGAAGCUUGGUUGUCUCCCCAGCCAAGAAGAGGCCGAGAGUAGAGGGCCCAGCGCCAGAGGAGGAGGAGAGCGUGAGCUGGAGCUGUGCUGUGUGGCACCGUGUCUGGAUGGGCCGGCGCCGCGUCCGGCGCCAGCUCCGGCACCUGGGCAGCCCCCAGCCAGACACAGAGCAGGAGGCUGGCUCCCUGGAGGUGGAGGAGAAGGUGUCGGAGGCCAUAAUCCAGCAGGAGGGAGAUUCCAUGGGGGCAGAGCCGUUGCUGAGGUUCACGGCCUGUGCCCGGGUGGGCAGAGGCCAGGAGGACACACGGACCCUCCUGUAUUUCACCCCAGCCCCCCAGCAGGGCCCCCUGUUUCAGGACUUCUAUCACUUUCUGCAGGGCUUUCUGCCCAGGAUGGUGGAGCGGUAUGUGGGCAGAGCAGCUUGA